UUGAACAAUUCACAGCACUAGGUUCUGCAACCACUAAGCCGAUGACUAUGCAAGCCGUACCUAAAGACCCCACAUCUUCAUCAAAUGCAAAAAAGACUACUGUUCAAACUUCAGUGAAGCCUCCAGGAAAUCUGACCACCCCAGUGACAACAGAAUCAGUGACAUUAUCAUCAGUAAAAUCAUCCUUAUCAAGCUUAAUAGCCUCCACAAACACUGGAGCACUCAAAGAACCAUCAUCAACACCUGUGAUUUCUACAAAGUCCUCGUUUAGCUCAGCAGUGGCAAAGACAGAAAAAGGAACCCCCCAAAAUGAGAGCACAAGCGAUGUUUCCAGCACUGCAAACCCACAGGGUUCUGAUCACCAGUUUCAGAGUACUGUGUCAACCACACUCAGCAGCCAGAAGAGCAAUCACAUUUUGACAUCACCCACAAAAAAAUCAGAAAAAACUUUGGAAAUGACUACCACACCCUACAUAAAGAACCAGGAAAGCUCCAAAGACUCUGGCAACACAAGCUCCCUUCAGACCAGCCCUUCUUAUUCCAGUGUGAUUUUGCCAGUUGUCAUUGCUCUGAUAGCAAUAACACUCUCAGUAUUCACUCUGGUGGGAUUGUACCGAAUGUGCUGGAAGACAGACCCAGGUACUCCAGACAAUGGAACUGACCAGCCCCAAUCAGAUAAAGAAAGUGUUAAACUUCUCACUGUCAAGACAAUAUCUCCUGAGACCAGUGAGCAGUCUGCUCAAGGGAAAAAUAAAAACUGACAAUCUGAAGAGUCCUCUCCACACCUGGGCCAAUAAAAAUGUGUGAAAAAGCACACUGCCGUAUGUGACAGGAGUUUGUCUUGAAGAAAAAUUUCAGCUAAGGAUUGCCAUAUCACAGGCUGAUGAACCAACUGGCAAAAUUCCCUUUCUAUCUCCUUCCAUCUUUAAAAUAUUUACAAUUUUCAGCCUUGGAGACAUUUGCUGUCUCAGUGGCUUUUUAUUACCUGGUGUUCCUAUUUAUUAUUUUCUUUAUAUGUUAAAGCAGAACCUUUGCAAAUCUGUUUAAAAUAUGCCAUUGCCCCUUU